CACUGGAGAAGCUGCCUAUAUCAGAGAUGGAUGGGGUGUGCCACCAGUCCAGCCAGCUCCCAGCUCUCCUCUCACACUGCACCACUCCCUCACCUAGAAGAGAACACAGAACCGGAUCCAGAGCAGAGCGUGUUGCGCCGGCCUAGCUCUUGGGUCGUCAAGUCUCCGUUCGUUCUUUCUUUCUCCAACCGGCAGCUGAUCUCCUGUGUUAAUCCCGACCGGAGCUGCCUGCGAUGGGCAUCGUCGACGUCGUCUCCGUGUUCUGCACCCUGCCGAGGACUCGCCGGCACCUCAAGAAGAGGAAGCAGUUCCAGACGGUGGAGAUGAAGAUGCGGAUCGACUGCGAGGGGUGCGAGCGCAAGGUGCGCAAGGCGCUGGAGGGCAUGGAGGGCGUGAGCUCCGUGGAGGUGGCGCCGCGGCAGCACAAGGUGACGGUGGCCGGGUACGUGGACGCCGGCAAGGUGAUGCGGCGGUUGGCGCGGCGGACGGGCAAGCGCGUGGAGCCGUGGCCCUACGUGCCCUACGACGUGGUGGCGCACCCCUACGCGCCGGGCGCCUACGACAAGAAGGCGCCGCCCGGGUACGUGCGCAACGUCGUCGCCGACCCCACCGCCGCGCCGCUCGCCAGGGCCUCCUCCACCGAGGUCAGGUACACCGCCGCCUUCAGCGACGAGAACCCCAACGCCGCCUGCGCCGUCAUGUAGGAGUAGCUAGUAGCCGGGGAGUAGUAGUAGAUAGAGUAGCAAGUUGCUGCUGGUGUUUGUUGCUGUUGGAUCAUUUUUUUUUUCCUACUUUAUAUUCUCUGCUACGCUUGUGUGUGCUCUAGUUGGAUGUUGAUUUGGAAAUCCUUAGUGGUAGUAAGGCUUGUAAAGGCUAGCUAGUAGUAGUGUUUGUUGCCUUGUUGAUCUCUGUUUCAUUUCUGCAAAGGAAGAUAUUUUGACAAACGACAGUAGAUAUUAUCAAAGCUGCAUUAUGGAGGCUAA